UAGCGGGAAUGCUAACACGCUGCCGUCCACCACAUAUUUGUGUUUGCUGCACGUCAUUUUGUUUGAGUCCAUGCAUGGUCUUCUGCUUGACUGCUGUCCAUGUCAUCACCAAUAAAAUGUCCACCAAGCGCCUCAUCUGUCCUUGCCGUCAUUCCGUGUCCCUGUCCUCGCCAACGUCCUCCUCCGUGUCCAUCGUGGACGUCCUCGUGAGUUGCACUCAGAGGACAGCCAAGAGCUUUUGGCGGAAAAACCUAUGCCGCUUCACCACCCCCAUCCCCCACUUGGCCGUCUACUCCGGCAUCACCGAGUCCCCCUCCACCAACGCCUCGUCCUCCCUCUCCACCCUGGCCCAACCCCCGGCCUGGCCGUCCCCCAUCAGUGUGGCCUUGGAUAGCACCUCCGAGCGGCGAGCGGAAUCGGGUGGAGCUGACCAAGAUGGUGAGGUCGGAGCCCCUGCGGGAGAGAAUGUGUGCAAGUCAAAGAUGGCGCUGUCCCUGCGACGGCUGCUGAGGCGAGGAUGCGGGCCGUCCGCCGUGUUGGCCAGCCUGUCGCCCAAAUGCCACACAGCGGCUGGGAUGAGUGGGCGGAUCCAGCCAAUCAGCCCGGGCCCGCCCAGCCAGGCCCCACCCAGGAGGAUGGGCAACUUUUUCCAGAUCAAAGUGGACAUCCCGCCCGAGUGCCGGAUCUACCCCAUCGAAUCGGAGGACGAGGAAGAUGAGACCCGAGCCGCUUUAGGAGCCAAGGAGAUCAUCUGCCCCUGGGAGAGCCUCGCUCCUCACAACGGGACCAGCUAAUCAGAAGGUACCGGAUGGGCUUUGAACAUCGUCACAUUCCACCCCAGAGACUAAAGAGGUCAAAUAAAUAUAUCCCAAUAUUUGUCCACCACGUGGGUGUCCAAAUUUGGUCCACCGAGAGUCGCAGGCAGAAAAAGCGUAGGUUGAUAUCUGCUAAGCUAACUGACUUCUUAGCUUUGUCCUGCAGGGAAAUUGGUGGAAUAUCCAACAACACAUCUUUUAUCAAUACUGAAUUAUUUUUUUCCAAUAUGCUGGGGGCCCAUAAAAAACAACUUUGGCCCCUGGGCUCCACUUUGGACACCCAUGGUGUAAAAGCUUUUACGACUGCAGUGACUUGUAGCGUUGACAUGCAAACUUCAUAAAGUAUUUUUAUCAUUGUUAUUAUGGUUAUUAUACAUACUGUACACCUUAUUUAUUAUGUUUGCCUUACAAAUACACACGUUGGAAAUGAGUCAUCAACUAAGAAUAAUAUUUCAUUUGACAGUAAGCCAAAGAGGAUAUCAACACUAAGAUGAUGCUUUGUGCCUCUUUACUGAACCUUUACACUCCAGUUAUGGGAGCACGUUUACACAAAUACUUCUGUAUUUGUACAGUAGCUGCUGUACGGCGCUCACAUGACGCCAUGUUUACACAUUCAACUUACUUUUCACACGUUGUCAUGUCACACUAGUGUCAAGUGCCUCAAUAAAGAAAUGACUUGUGUCUUAAUAUCGUA